ACAAGCUUCGCUCAGUCUGGAUCAUGCAGUAGAAUAGCUCAGGAAGCUUUGGCUGGCAGGCUGGAGCCAAAGGUCCCUGGACGCCUGGAUGCGGCAAGUGCAAGCCAAAGCGGAGCUAUGCGGAGCAAUGCGGUGCAAUGCGGAGCACUGCGGAGCAUUCGUGCAGAAUCGGUGCUGUGAAUGUAUCCGUGUGCUGCCACAUGCUGCCACGCUCGACCGCAGCUCUUGGAUCCGGUCAUCCGGUCCCAUUUUUUGCCGUGCGGCCGCUAUGGAGACCAAGGGCCAGGCCAACGGAGGAUCGGUGGAGCCGCUGGCGUCGCCCAACCUCCGGGGCCGGUCCAUGAGCCCUGUACAGACGACCACUGCUGGGCAAAGCCGGUCAGCCUCCGGAGCAAUGACGCACCGAGGACCUCUGACCGCCUGGGGUGAGGCCAUGGCCUCGCCGAGGACGCCCCGGCAGCAUCAAGCAGAGCUUCGGCUGGGCAUGGUGCUCGCGGAGCUGCAGCGCCAAUCCGCCGAAGACCGGCGCACCGUGCAGCGGCAGCUCGAGCACUUCGACCGGCGCUUGCAGGAGCAUUUGGCAGCCCCCGCUGCCAGCCGCGAGCGGUGGGCCGACCUGCAGGGCAGCGUCAGCGGCCUGCUGGAGGAAGUGGCCAGCCUUGUUCGCAGGGUUGAAGGCCUGGAUGAGAAGCUCAGGAUUCGCACCGCCAGCUGCGAGGAAUCACUGCGGCAGCGGGCCCGCGAGCUCGAGCAGCAGCUGCACGGCCAGCAGCAGAAGGUGCAGCUGGCGGUGUCCACCUUCGAGGAGAUGUCGAAGCGGCAGACGGCCAAGCUCCGCAAGGUCGCUCAGACCGGCGAGGAGCAAGCGCGCAGGAUAGCAGCACUGGAGGACAUGCGGCGACCACAGGACUUGGGUCGGCUGGAGGCCCGCCUCUCCGAGCUGGAGGGUCAGCAGGCAAGCUUGGAAGAAGAGUUCCGCAAUGUGGCUGCAUCCUCCGCGGUCGCUCAGGCCUUGAGCCCUCGGAAGAUGCCUGAGUCGGAUGCCGCUCACGCCUUGGAGACUGAGCUUGCGACGCUGUCCAAGCAUUUGGCCGCCCAGUUGGACGAGCACUCCGCGGCGCUGGCCAAUCUCCGGGUGCGGACCGACAGCCAGGAGCAGCGCCUGCUUGCAGCCGGGGAGCGGCUCGAGAAGGUGGUGGGACCCAGCUUGGAGGCGCUCCGCACGGAAAUGCAGCAAUUCAGAAGCGCGGACCGCGCCGACAUGGAUCAACGCUUCGAGCACUUCGCAAGGCAGCUCAAAGAUAUGGCCGAGUCCAAUGACGAGACCAUGGGAGAGCUUCGAGACCAGAUUGGGCUUCCUGUCAGAGAUGCGGCUGAGGGCGCAGAGCUACAGCGUAUCCGCGACACCUGCACCAUGCAGGAUCAGCAACUGCGGCGCUUGGAAGCCACGCUUGAGAGCCAGCGAGACGAGGAAAUUUGUGGAGUGCUCGUGCGGCUGGAAGGGUUGGAGAACCGCCUGGAUGGCCUUGGAGAUGACAAUAUGUCCGAGAAGGCAGAUCGAGCAGAGCUCCAUCGCUUGGAUUUAGCAGUUCAAGAACUCCAACAGCCAUUGCGCCGCCUGUCCCAGCGGACGGCGAGCAAUGAAGCUCGAACGAGCGGGUUGGAGCAUAAACUGGAGCAGCUCCAGGACAAAAUGAAUCCCAACUCUGCAGUGGAGAAGGGAGCUGAGGGCUUUGUGACGCAAGCCGGGCUCGAGGCCAUCUCCCAGCAGUUGGCAGAACUUUCCGCCCGCAUGGUAGAAGUGGAAGCAGAGAGCCAACCACAAACCAUUGGUCAGGCUAAGCUCGAGGAGGUCACGCGGCGCUUGGAGAGCUUGGAGAUUACCAGCUCACGCCAAGCUGGUCCAGUCCCAAGCGCAGCACUGCCAGAGGAGGUGCUGGCGCGGCUUGACAGUCUUGCCGAGGGCGUCUCCUCAGCUCUGAAGACCGCAGAGAGCAGCGGAAGCAGCCUGCAAGCGCUACGCUUCGACUUCGUCGUGGAGCAGGAGAGGGCGGAGAAGCUGCACAACGACCUGCAAGGUCUUGCGCGACAGCGCCAGGAGCUCCAUUCGCAGGUGCAGCUCCUCUCGGCAAAGCUGGAGGAGCAGGACACCCGCACAUCUGAAUCCUUACAGAAGAUGGCCGGCGGCAUCAGCCAGGUCCAAUCGCAUCAUGGUGCCCUGGAAGAUUCGAGUCAGAAUCUGGCCAAGAUCAUGGAGGGGAUGAUCGCGCGAGUGGAGGCAGCCGAGGCUCAAGCGCGCGAGGACUCGAAAACGCGCGAUUUGGGAAGCCUGGAAGCCCGCGUCGCCAAGGCUGAGGCCUUGAACGACAAGGUGGAGGACCUGGCACGCCAAGUCGACUCCGCUGAGACGGAGGUGCAGCUCAAAUCUCUACGUGCAGAUCUUUCAGAGGCUCAAAAUUGCAGAGACAAGGAGAUGGAGCGGCUCUUGGCAAAGGCUACGGAUGCAGCGGUGCACUCCGUCCAAGAGAUCGUUUCCAGUCAAACCAAGAACCGAGAACCUCAGGAUCCAGAUUUGGCCCGGCGGGUGGACGAGGUGCUGAGCAUGGCCAAGGCAACGGAUGAGCGCAUCAGCAACCUGCGAGAUGAGCUGAGCCCCAAGUGGGAGGACCUGGAGAGACUGGAGAGGCAGCUUGCCGACAAGGCUCGCGCUGAGCUGCAGGCAGAUGCAUCCACGUCCAAGAAGGUAUCGGAGGAACUCGAGGAGCUCCGGGGCACAGUUGAGGAUGCACUUCACCGGCUAGAGGCCAGUGAGGCGGCCUCCAAGGCGGUCCGUGAAGAGCUCAUGGAGGAGAGCCCUGACUGCGGGCUGGCCAGGACAUGCCAAAGCGACCUGCAGGGUGUGCACUCGGACGUGGCAGACUUGCAAAGCUCAUUGCGGCACCUGGCCAGCCGCUUCGAGGAUUCCAAGCGAAGCCCAAUGGGCGACGGCCGGCGCUUGGAGCUCCGUGUGCAUGAGCUGCAGAAGCAGGUGGCGGAGGAGUUGGAGCAGCUCACGCAGCAGCAGAAGCUCAUCAGAGACGCCCAGGCCGCCCCCGAUGCCGGGAGAGGCUUGAAGAUGGACACUCAGGAGCUGGAGAGGAGCGUGGAACGCUUGGCAGCCCAGGUCAGCCAAGAGUUGCAAGAGCUGCGUGCCCACCAGGGGGAGCUGGGCAAGGUGCGUACGCAGCUCAGCCAGGGCAAGGGGCCAGAAGUGGAGAGCAAAAUCCUGGACCUCCAACAGAAGGUGGUGGCAGAGUUGGACGCUUUGGCGAAGCAACAGGCUGAACUUGGCAAAGCCAAGGCCACUAUGGCAGACUUGUCAGACCGUGUCCGACAAGCUGUGACCGCAGCUGAUGAGUGCAAGAAGGCCACAAAUGGUCUGGAGGAGCGUUUGAAGAAGCUCUCCUCCAUAGAGGAAACGGCUUGCCCAAAGUGUGGCAACGUCCAUUUGGCAGACGCCAUUUUCUGCCGCGAAUGCGGCCAUAAAAGAGGAGAUCCUGUCAAGGCUGGGGCGAAAGUUGCGGCUGGGGCGAAGGUCAGCAAAGUCUUGACAGCUGGCGACAGCGAUGUUGACGAUAGCUAUGGGGCUGAUGACUUCGAAGAGUCAGCCGACGAUGCUAGCGCCUCUGAGGAUAGGCUUGGAGGUAGCAAGUAGCUUCGAUGGGCACAACUGCAAGCCUGGCAUUUGCGGAC